AUGAAGAAAAAGGAAGCAAAGGGGAGUUUGUCGUCCAAAGGCACUGAGAAGCCAGUGACUGGCGAUUCUAGCUGGGAUUAUGGAAACGUGUUAUCAUCAGGGGCAAAGAAAUCUCCAAAGCUCGUGAAGAAGGAUAAAGACAGUAAGAAAAGGAAGAAAAAAUCCUUCAGCAUCAACAAGGAUAAGAAAUCGGAGUACAAGAAUGAGGAAAAGGUGCGAGAAUUGGAGAAACGUAACGUAGAUAACGAAUGGAUGAGCAACCCGAAUUCGGUGCUGGACUUUGAGCGUCUUAUUAUGACGAAUGGCAAUUCUUCCGCAGUAUGGAUUGGGUAUAUGGCUUUUCACUUAAAUGUUGGCGAUACUGAGAUGGCCAGAAAGACGGUCCGUCGCGGUUUGGCUAGGAUCGACUUUCGUGAGAUGACAGAAAAGCAAAACCUCUGGUUGGCUUACCUCAACAUGGAGUGUAUGUAUGGAGAGGAUAUCAUGAGUGUAUUCAAUGAAGCUGUCCAAUACAACGAUGCCAAGACCAUGUAUAAAAAGGCAAUAGGCAUUUUUAUAAGCAACAAGAAGCUUGAAGAAGCCAAGGAAGUUUGUCUCAAGGGUAUAAAAAAGUUUGGAAAGUCCAAAAAGAUUUGGCUAUUAUACAUUACUCUAUUAUAUCAGCAUAUUGGUGAUGCUGAAGAAGGACGACAGGCACAUAAAAUGUGCAUUAAUAGGAUUCCUAAACAUAAGAGAAUAUUUGUUUCAUCGGCCACUGCGUUGUUGGAAUACAAGUUUGGGUCCCCUGAAAUAGGCAAACGAUAUUUUGAGGAUAUUCUUCUGGAUAAUCCAAAGCGCACUGACGUCUGGGUCCAAUACAUUUGCGCUCACAUUAAACUGCAUAUUGAGGAUGACAGCAAACAAAAGUCUGAACGUCUAAAGACUAUUAGAAACCUAUUUGAUCGCAUAAUUACUCUGGAUCUAAAGCCCAAGAAAAUGAAGAUUAUCUUUUCCAAGUGGCUGGAAUUCGAGUGUAACCACGGCAAUGAGAAGUCCAAGGAGAUGGUCCAGAGGAAGGCACUCGCGUACGUGGAGUACAUUGAGAAGAACUUUGCUGGAUGA